UCAUUUUUUUUUUCAAUUUUAGAUGGGUCUAAAACGUGCUUUUACCGAACAGGCCGACUUCGGUGACAUGAUUAAAAACGAAGCGCUUCAAAUCAGUAAAGUGGUGCAGAAAGCGUUUAUUGAAGUAAACGAGGAGGGAAGCGAGGCCGCGGCCGCCACUGGCAUAAGAAUAAUGAAAAGAUCGAUCAGUUUCAGUCAAGUAUUCACCGUUGAUCAUCCAUUCCUGAUGGUGUUAAAACGUCACGCGAAUAUCUUGUUUUUUGGACGAGUUGGCUCCGUGAGAGGAGACAUCGACUCUCACAGACACGAAGAACUUUAAUUUAUUUUUUUUAAUUGUUUUUUUGAUCGCAUGUUAUUCUUUUGCCCACUAUGGCUGUGUGUGUGUGUUUGUCAGCCGUCAUGAUGAUGCGUUGUUCCGCAUUUAGGCCAAAACCUUUACCAGUAGAAUUCAAGGCGGAUCAUACAUUUAUUUUCAUGUUGUUGGGAAGAAUGGACGGACAUCGACACGUUUUAUUUAACGGAAGGCUAGCGAACAUAUAA